AUGCCACGAGUCUGGUUCGCGCCGACUCCUAUGACCGAAUGGCAUGAAAGGAGAUUGAGCGACGAAAAAAUGAACGAUGGAGAUCCGAGCAGAAGAAUAACGCGCUGUGGGAGCCAUGAGCACCCAGGCGAGAGCGAUGAAGCGCCCGUCCUGACGAUUGAGAUUUCUGACAGACUUCUGGCGAACGCGGGAAGUGAACGCUCGAAUCAACAUCAGGUCAAGCAGAGGAUAUCCAAAGCGAAUUCGGAAGUCACGAUUCAUGAUGUCCGCCGGUGUACGAUUACAGAAGUACCGGAAGAGGUUCGCCAAUGGAUCGUCCUUACGUUUUCUCGACAAGAGCAGGACGAAAACGAACGCAAAAGGCAGAAGUUUGUUGUGCUAAAAUUCGAGGGCCGCUUCCGUAAGUUGGUGAAGGCCAUGAAUAUGCACAUCCGCCUCCAAAAGAUGUUCACAAUAAAGCAGGACGUGAUAAGCGACCAACUCUCGGAUUAUUUAUCGGAAAUCGACAACUGGGGCUGGAAUCCGUUCAAGGCAGGCGAACUGACAAAUGGACACCCCUUGCACUAUAGUAUGCUCGAGCUCUUCCGAAAAUACAAUAUCAACAGCAGGUUCGGGAUCAAACAAACCACACUGAUAAACUUCGCAGAUGCCAUCGAAGAAGAGUAUCAAGUUAGUGGCGCUCCUUAUCACAACAACAUCCAUGCCACAGACGUGAUGGUCACCGUGCAUCAGCUGCUCUUUCAAACCCAAAUGGCGCACUGUGAUCUGGAGCUGUUCUCGAUAUUAUUCGCGGCGGCAAUCCAUGACCUGGCGCACACCGGCCAGAGCAACCAAUUUCACAUCAACACAAAGUCUAACUUGGCGCUGCUGUACAACGACCAGUCAGUGCUCGAGAAUCACCACAUUUCCACAGCCUUCCGAAUCAUGAAGACCGAGGAGGACAAAGACUUGACUUCAAGUCUCAACGAUGCCCAGUAUAAAGAAUUCCGCUCCAACGUGAUCGCAAUGGUGCUCAGCACAGACAUGAGCACGCAUUUCGACAAAAUCAAAACCAUCAAAUCUGCAAUACGAAUGCCCAAGGAAUACUGGAACAAUGUACUCGUCGAUAAAUCAGCCGAAUAUCCCAGAACCAUGGAGAAAAUUCGCAUAAUGGAAUUGCUCUUACAUUCUGCCGAUCUGAGUAAUUGCGUCAAGCCCUGGAAAUUUCACUCAAAGUCAGCAACGCUGUUACUGGAAGAAUUUUUCCGCCAGGGAGACAUCGAAAAGGCAAAUGAUAUUCCCGUCAGUCUCCUGUGCGAUAGAGUUACUACAGAUGUCCCAAAGAGUCAAAUAGGCUUCAUGGCUUAUAUUAUUGAGCCGACUUUCGCAAUUUUAACGGAAACUGCAUUUUUCAUUGCAGUCACCUUCCUACCAGUGGUUCUUGAGGAGGACCAAGUUAAAAGUAGAAUUUCAACGGAGAAAAACUUUAAAGCAAUAAGGAACUCAGAUAUAAACCACGAAGAUGUGCUGCCAAUAAUAGACAAGUUCUCUUCUAUCUGGAUGGAGCAUUUAACGGAGAACAGAAUGAAAUGGGCGAGUUUUGAAGCCCAGGGCUCAGUGAGCUUGGACAAAGUCAACGAAAUACUAGAAGCCCAGCAAGAAUAG